AGGUACAUACUGUGGUGAAGUAAUUUCAAGAUGAAUUGUGGUCUGCUGGUGUGCAUUGUUGCAUUGGCAGUAGUUCUUUGUGAGGCAACAUGGACAGCUUUACCAGUGUUUGGAGAUAUGUUGGAGCAAGCAGUGCCAGGAUUGUCAAAACUGGAGAGAGGCGCUGAAAAAACCUUCCUGGAUCAAUUUGGAAACCUACCCUGGUUGGGAUAUCUUACAAGUCAACAUUCAGACAUCUGUGCAGCUGCUGUACUCUCAGAUACUUCCUUCAUCACAGCAGCCCAUUGCGUUGAAGGCUACAAAGAACAUAACUUAGUGGCAAGAUUUGGACGAAAUGGCUAUAGGAGGUUUAUUCCCAAAGAAUGUCACGUUCAUCCGCAAUAUAGGAAAUAUGAUCGAGAUUUUGACGUUGCUAUUUGUAAGGUUGAUGGUGGAUUGGAGGAUGCUGAUGGGAGACGAGCAAGAAUACCAGAAAGGAUGGAUUACAAAGCUUUACCUUUCACGUUGUUCAGAAAUGAUAAUAGAAAUAGAGAUAGGUUUGAUUGGAGACAUGAUAGCCAAGAUUGGAGAAGAAACUAUCAAGAAUCGCAGCGUAGGAGUUUUGGGAGUUUUCGUGACAAUAGCUACAGAAGACAAGGAGAGUUUGAAAAUCAAGGAGAUGAGCGAUAUUGGAGAAAUAUUUUAGGCGAAAAAGGAGAUGAUCGGGAUUGGAGAGCUAGCUUAGACAGAGGAGAAGAUGUCCGAGAUUGGAGGACUAGUUUAGACGGUAAAGAAGACGAGCGGGAUUGGAGAACUAGCUUAGACAGAGUAGAUGUCCGAGAUUGGAGGGCUAGUUUAGACGGAAAGGAAGACGAGCGUGAUUGGAGAACUAGCUUAGACAGAGGAGAAGAUGUCCGAGAUUGGAGGACUAGUUUAGACGGAAGUGAAGACGAGCGGGACUGGAGAACUAACUUAGACAGAGGAGAAGAUGUCCGAGAUUGGAGGACUAGUUUAGACGGUAAGGAAGACGAGCAGGAUUGGAGAACUAGCUUGGACAGAGGAGAUGUCCGAGAUUGGAGAACUAGCUUGGACAGAAGAGAAGACUUUCGAGAUUGGAGGACUAAUUUUGACAAUAGAGAUGACCAUUAUUGGAGACGAAAUAACGAAGAUUUGCAUGACAGGAUACCAAAUCGGCAAACUAGCAGUUUCGUGAAUCGCGACGAUACCGCUUACAACGCUGCAGAUUGGAGACUAAGUUCGGCCAGAAAACAAUCUAAUCGAGAUUGGGGGCUUGAUGUGGAACAAAGAGACAAUGAACGUGAUUGGAGACUAAUGUCUGAUACAAGGCAAGAAAAUCGAGAUUGGAGAUUUAAUGCGGACAGUAGAGAAGGCGAUCAAGAUUGGAGGCGAUUUGCUUCAGAUAUGCCUAAUGCGCCACCCGAUUGGUCACAUACUAGCUUUGAGAAUAGUCAAAAUAUAGCUCCCACUCUAAGGUAUGAUUUAGAUGGAAGACCAAGAGAUCAAUACCUUAAUAAUGAAACAACUUCAACAGCUGAUAGAAUUAAACAUCUUCUCCAUCAGCUGGAUAGAGUUAAAGAAUUCAUUAGUGAACAGGCACCUGGACCAGACAUGAGGUCUGACGAAGAAAGUUUGCCAGAUCUUAUUGAAAAUACAUCCACGCCUGCAAAUGAAAGUGAAAGAAUUCGAAGACGAAGGGAUAUUACCGAUAGGAUACUUAAUGAAUGGAGCAAUAUAGGCAUAAAAGAAAAACCCAGAAGACGCAUGGACUACAUUGAGCCGCUAGAGAAGAAACGAUUAAAUUAUUUAAGAAAAAAGUUUGAACCUGUUAUGUCGUCAGGACGAAAGACUAAUAUGCGUUUUAUUGGUCCAGUUAACGAACGUUUAGUUUUAAUACCAAAUGACGCUGCUAGAUCACCUGUUGUAGGACUCAAUCAGUGUAACAGACAACUUCAGAAUUCAGUUGCAACCGAAAGGAUGAUUUGCGUAGGAGAUGUCAUACAAUCAAGCUGCUCAAACGAUAACUGGCCUCUGGUAAAUGAAAAUGCUGAACUUCUGGGCAUGCCAGUGUGGAAAACUGAAUGCACUGAACGAUCUCAACCGUUUGUCUUUACAUUUAUCCUACAGCCAGAUGUGAGAAGGUUUAUAAGGGAUGUUUCAGGAGUUUAGUUAAGUGUGCAAGAUGUUACUUAAAGUAUUCCCAUAAAUUACAAAUAAAAACGGUCUACAAAUGAA